GCAUCCUGCCAGCUUUACAUCAUGUUUGUUCCAGAGUCACAAGAUGCAAAACAGCCCCCAAGUGGGUCUGUGGGCAGAGGCACCAGCCAACAGUACGGAUCCAACCUGUCCUCAUCGCGACACUCUGGAGGUCCACAACAUUUUAGCUCUGAUAUUUCACCAGUUGAAAACAGUCUCCAUAAUGAGCCACAGGAGUACACUGAGACAGACUAUCUACUCCCGAAACAUCUCUACGGCAGUUCAAGAUUCAGUGGAUCCAUGAGAGCAAAGGAUGCAGGUGGCUCCAGUACACCUGCUGAGUCAGUCUGUUGUGUGGUGCUUCAGAUCCUGGUGCCAUUUCUGCUGGCUGGGCUCGGGACUGUCUCUGCUGGGAUGCUGCUUGAACUGGUUCAGAACUGGGACGUGUUUCAGAAAAUCACAGAGCUCUUUAUUCUGGUCCCUGCAGUGCUGGGGAUGAAGGGGAACCUGGAAAUGACUCUAGCCUCAAGACUCUCAACUGCGGUGAACACAGGAAAAAUGGAACCUGCCAGUGAAAAGUGGAUGUUGAUUGCUGGGAACUUGGCGCUCAAGCAGCUACAAGCCACAGUGCUCGGCCUGUUAGCCUCUUUGAUGGCGACUCUGUUGGGCUGGAUGGCAGAAGCAAAGAUGCCCUUACAGCACGUAAUGCUCCUGUGUUCAACCAGUGUCUCAACAGCUUUCAUUGCUUCAUUGCUUCAAGGUUUUAUGAUGGUGGGGGUGAUUAUUGGGUCCAAACGGUUUGGAAUCAACCCUGAUAACGUGGCCACACCCAUGGCUGCCAGCUUUGGGGAUCUCAUCACUCUUGCCUUGCUGGCCUGCUUCAGUCAUUGGUUCUACUCCCUCAUAGACCUGUAUCCCUACGUGCUGUACAUGGUGGAUUUGUUGUUUUUGUUCCUGAUUCCUGUUUGGAUAGUCAUCUCACUUAAACAUCCAGCCAGUCAAAUCUUGCUCCGCACAGGCUGGGAACCAAUCAUCACGGCGAUGGUCAUCAGCAGUAUUGGAGGACUUAUUCUGGACAAAGCUGUGUCAGACCCAAACCUGACAGGAAUCAUAGUUUAUGCUCCAGUCAUCAAUGGUAUUGGAGGAAACCUCGUCUCCAUACAGUCCAGUCGCAUCUCUACCAAUUUGCAUUUGAAUUUCCCACCUGGAGAGGUCCCUGAAGAUCGCAAGGGCUGCUUCAACCCUUGUCGCACUUUCUAUGGUUCAGGAGCAAACCAUCGAUCAGCUCAGAUUCUGCUAUUUUUGGUGAUCCCUGGUCAGCUUGUCUUCUUGUACACCAUUCACCUUAUGAAAGGAGGCAACACUUUGCCCAGUCCUCUCCUGACUGUGGUCUUCUUGACUGCUUCCCUGAUUCAGGUCUUCUCCUUGCUGUGUAUAGCUGACUGUAUGGUACACGGUUUGUGGCGGUGGGGUAGAGACCCUGACAGUUAUGCAAUACCCUACCUCACUGCCCUUGGAGAUCUACUGGGGACUGCUCUCCUCUCUCUUGCCUUUGUCAUGCUAUGGUGCUUUGGUGACUCAGGCAGUAUAUAG